AAUAAUCUCGUUAUGCUUGAACUCGCUGACUCGCGUAAAAGAGGCUUCGGUCUUUCUCGCUUUUUUUUUUUGAAUUGGCACGAGACGCGACCGCGCCUCUUGAUGGUAAUAAUCUCUAAUUACACUAUGCUUUAAAUAUAUGUUUAAAAUCACGAUUUAUUUGCCCAAUAUCCUUUCUGUCGUGUCUAUGUUGAGGUAAAAAAUAUUUAAUUUUAUAACAUAUAAUUAUUUACAUGUAUAAAACGAUGAUAUUAAUUUUUUAUUACAUAAAUUUUCGUACGUUUGUUUGAAAGUAUUGCAAUUAUUAAAUUUUGACACAAAAAUCUUCGAACGAUGUCAACUUGUCGCUUUAGUGCACAUAAUACGUUAAGUAAAUUUGAAGCCGAAAGCGACCUAGAAUAAUGCACGAAUCUGAAUAGUUUUUGACUUGAGAAUUCAAUUUAUUGAUUCGACCGGAAAAAUUACGAGCUGCUGAUCGGAAAAAUUUCUCAAAAUGUCGCGACGAAGAAAUUUCCAUUCAAUUCGAUUCUUUGGAAGAUAAUUAAAUUAAUUUAAGAAUCAUACAUAAAAGAAAGAAAACGUACAUAGAAGAAAGCGACGUACUGUGACAGGUUGCGAAUCGAAUUCACAUAUUUUACAUACACAAAUUUUAAAUUUGUAUAAUUUAUAUAAUUCGUAUAAAUAUAAUUCGUAUUAAUAUCAUAUACUUGUGUUUGUAUAAAUAUCAGAUAAGUGCAUUUGACCGCUUUUACUAAGAUAUAAUUUUUUGGCUAUCGACAGUUACGCGAAUUUCAAAAAUUAUCACUCACGGAAAAUAUCGAACACGACAUGCACUGAAAAACUUUCUUCUAACAGACGUAAAUGUGUAGAAGUACAAUAGUUACUAGAGAAGGGGGGGGGGGUAAAUCGGACCCUAUUCCAAAUCGGAUCGUUUUAAUUUAAAUGAAUACGGUUAAGCAGAUUUGUGUGCCAUUUAUAAUGUAAAGUCCUUAUAAAACACCGAACAUGUGAUAGCAGUUUGACAGUUUUCUGUCACAUCAUUUACAGAAUAUAGACGCGAAUAUGUAUUUUCAACCAUCGUGCGAAAAUUAAAAAAAAAAAGAAAAUCCUUGUAAAUCAUUAUUUAAAAGGUGUUAAAAAUUUGAAAGAUAAUUGAUUUAAGAUAAUUAAAGAGUGUAGAAUUAAAAAUAUCAAUUAUUUUGUGAUCUCUUUUUCGAUUUAUUGUAAAAAUUGUUUCAAAGUUCGAAAGGACUUGUGUCCAAAUCGGACUUUUACGUCGGAAUUGCAAUCCGUUUGUAGCACUAGUAAUCGGCCGACCAAAUCUGGUCCUAGAAAUGUUAAAUUAGUAAAGUGUUAUGAGUCAUCAGACUUGGAAUAAUUAAAUUUUAUUAAUUUCAACUCUAAUUAUAUAAUAACGCCUUACAGAGAGCAAAAACUGCAGCUAGGUCUGAUUUACCCCACUCUCCCCUAUCCGUUAUUUCAUUUCGUCUAAACGAUGAGAAGACUUUUCUGAAUAUUCUUGAUUCUACAGAAAUAUCUUUGUGAAGUUUAUUUAACUCAAUUUUGUACUUGUAUAUAUUACUUAUAGUUAUAAAUCUUUAAAUUUUGUAAUUUUUUUACAAUUUUAUGCGCGACCUUAAAUCUUCUCAUCCUUUGUGUGAUACAUUAAACCCUAGUGAGUUUAAUUGUUGCAAAACCAUCGUGUAAUAUCGAUAUCGUGAAUGAUUGCUUCCCUCUUAAUCUAAAGUUAAUACUUUAGUACGUUAUAGUUCUUGUCUCACUGAUUAAAAGUCUAUUUAAGCACAAAGCUAAAAAAUAGCUAGUUUUUUGUUAAAGAUAUUUAAAAUAUGGGUGAGGGAAGACUAAUGUGUUUUUACUUACUCUAAAUGCACAUUAAUAUUUAAUAUUAAAUAAUAUUACGUUGUAUUGUUAAAUUGGAAGGCAUUGCCGUUAUAAUAAUAUGUUAUGAUUUCUUUUCAGAUGAAUAAAUAAAUAGAUGAAUUCUUUCCAGAAAAUUUAUCUAUAGAAAAAAGUAAAAGAACUUAUGACGGUCAUGUUUUCUUGAUUUAACGGUACAAUGUAAUAUUGUUUAACCGAUUUACCUGAAGAAUACCUGAAUCUUAGGUUAAAAAGUUUCAUAAACAUUUGUCAGUUUGUUGAUCUUUGGGAUUAUUUUUUCUUUUUAUCAUUGGUGACUAUAAGUAACACUACAAAAUAUAAUUACAAAAUUAAGUAAAAGUAUAUAUAUUUUUAUAAAAUAAAAGUAUAUUUGUUUAUGCCAAUAGUCCGUGGGACAGGACAGCCCUCUCGGACUGGGAGGUUCUGGGUGUGUUACGGCGUUUGGGCCUCCCCGGCUGUUAGGGGCACCUUCCAUUCAGUUGAUUUAUUCUAAAUGAAGAAGGCCCCUGUCAUAUUUCUUAGCAUGAAUGGAAACGUACGCGGUGGCACAUUGUUCCAUGUUCUUUGGAGAUGAAUGAGGACUGACGUAUCUCAGCUAAAUCCUCGAUGGUCGUAUUUAGCUUCCGGGAUGUCGCCCCGCUCAGGGGGCGGGAUGUCGGUGGUCGUGCGAUCCCAAGCUCAUCUUCCAACUCAGUAAGUUGGUUACGCUCGAUAGCUCGCGCUUCUUAACACGGGAGUGGCGUAUGAUUCAAAGUCUGGCAUCAUGCCAGCUAUUCCUGAUUGGCCGAGGUGGCUUGAGGGAGUUUUAAUGGAUAGACGUUGCCAAAGCUCGCGGCUGCCAUUAGCAUCGUUAGUUGCACUCUUUCAUAAAUCACAAAGGUCUAACUAGUCCCAAGUCUGGAAGAUUUUCUCCUUCAGGAUAUCUUUUAAAAUCUAUUACUUAAUACUUCAAGUGAUUUGGUUAAAUAAUAUUACAUUAUAACGUUAAAUCAGGAAACAUGACUGUCAUGAGUUCUUUUGUUUUUUUUUCUUGUGUUUGAUUACUCAUUACAGUUCUUUCCUUUAGUAUAGUUGAUGAAUUUUCUGGAAAACUUGUGCUUAUGUUACUUGAUUUCACGAUGCAAUCUAAUAUUAUUUAAUAUGCAAUAAUAUUAGUAAUUAUUUUUUACUAAUAUGCAAUAAUGUUAGUGGUAUGCUAGUAUUUAGCUUUUAAAGCUAAAUAGUAGCGUACUUCUCCCUUCUCAUUUUUCUAACAUAUACACACAUGCACGGGUAAAAAGACAUAUAUAAAAUAUUUUCAUGUGUACAUAUAAAAAAAAACUAGCCAUUUUUGAGCUUGUGUUUGAAUGAAUUUCACCAAAGGCCAAGAAUUCUUGGUUUUGUGUGGGGUCCUUUAUUGAAACGAUUGAAAAGGGAACAAUUAUUUAUGAUACUACAUGAUGGGCUUUGCAAGCGCAACAACAAAUAAACUUAUCAGGAUUCAAAGUGUCACAUGAAUGGAUGAGAAGAUUUUGCUAUUGUACGAAUAAUACUAAUAAUUAUAAUCAGAACAGAGAUUUCUACGGCGAAUUCUGUAUUUGGUCGAAUAAAUGGCUUGUUAUACAAUUUGAAAUUUGAAUUCUACGGUGUAUUCCGUAUUUGAUCCGAUAAAUUUGACGCAAUCAUAAUCGAAAUGAAAUUUUUAUCGUUAAUACUGUAUGUGGCAUCGCGUUACCAGAUUGUUCGCCUUAUAUUUUCCACUUUUUCCACCGUUAAUGUGAAAUGAAUUAUGAACUGUACCUCUCUUUGCUCAUCGUUGACCUUGCAUCACUCGUGAAAAUGUUGUUUAUUUAUACUUGGUUUUGAUUCACCAUGCAUCAAUUCAUUGAAUGGGUUCUAACUUUUUCUCCUCUUCGAGGAAUCUUUUUGAAAUGACGUCUUUGGUGUCAUCGUCGUCUUCCCCAUACGACGAUAUAUCGCGUAAUUUACUAACCGUACAUCGAAAUUAAUUCGCGUGUAUUACUUUUCGUAGCUUGCAAGUUCGUAAGUUUUCUUUUUUUUAAUUUAAUCUCUUCGCGUUUCCACCGCAUUCGAAACCGUUCAUAUGUCUCGACUUUGUUGUUUCGAUCGUGUCUAGCAAUCGGAUUAAAUAUCGUCUUUCUUUGACCGUCGUUGGUCUUAUUUCACGCGCUAUGUCCGCGCUAAAAUGGUUUUUUAAUAGAACAAUUUCAUCAUCUUGGAUCAUCGGUGGAUCAAGCGUUUUUGCCCGUUGAUAAACGUACACCGCGUAUUGGGCCAUCGACUGGAAUUUAUCCGGCUCGUAUCGUCCGGUAUAAAGAUUUUGUUGGAAUUGCGUUUAAAAGUCUUAGCUCCAAUAGUUUUCGACGGAUGCAUAUUUUGCGGUCUCGAUGUCCGGUGGACUGAUUAUUAUCAAUCAUUCCGCCACUCGUCCCUUCAACACUCUGUUGAAUUGAUUGAGUUGGCGAAGAUUUUAAACAUUACAAAAUUUAUAACAAGAAAAGCAUUAUGUUGAUAUAAUUGUUAAAAGUAAACACUUUAAUUAUUAUUAGAUGUUUGGAAUGUUUAAUCAUAAGGAGUAUUAAAUUUAAAUUUAUGAAAUUUAAAGCAAUGAGGAUAAACUCCUGCUAGUUUUUCUUCGAUUGCAAUGUCUAAUCAAAACCUGAAAAGAAUAAUUUUAUAUUGAAAUUUAUGCAGUAUCUAGUACAAUCCCAUAAGUAUUGCAUUGAAGCUUGUAGCAAUAUUUUUACAGCAGUGCAACAUUGCAUAUUACAAAGAUAUUUGGCUUUGAGUGACCCGGGCAGCGAGCCAUUCCUUCCCUUUGAGGUGCAUUCCAAAAUCGUAGGAAAGUGUGUUUGCAGAGAAAAAAAGGAGACGAAAAUAAACUGCGCGACGGACGAAUUGAAUCGUAGAAUUGGGUUUUUGAACGUAAUUUUUUUUUUUAAUAUUUAGAAAGUUUAUAUGCAUAUGUUUUAUAGAAAAAAAGUGCUUUUUUUUCGUAAUAUUAACGGAGAUGUAGAUUUUAUAAAAUAUUACUUUAAACUCAUAGCCGAUGACGCGCCGAUCACGCCCGAAGUUACCCGAGCCGUCUGUGACGUCACAAUGUUACAUACUGUAUACGAUAUCUGUUGAGAUUUUGAGUUUUUAAUAGAAAUGGCAACAAUUAAAACGUAUAGAACGUGUUUCGUCCCUCUCUGUGGUAGUACAACAAAAAGUACACCAAAUAAAGUGUUCGCGACAGUGCCACAAGACGUGAACCUUCGUAAAAAAUGGUUUAAUGCCGUUCGGAGAGAUAACCUAAAAAACAGCAAAUCGAACUUCUUUUGCUGUGAAGACCAUUUCAAUCUGCGAGAGGAUAUGGAAAAUUAUCAGUAUCACAUGAUGAUGGGAGGUCCAGUAAAAAUUAAAAAAAACGUUAUUCCACAUAAAUUCGAAUGCCAGCCCGACCGUAAACGUAGAACAUGCUCAACUCCACGUAUAGUAGCAGAAAAACGACAAAGACGAGCGGAAAUAAACGAGAUCCUUACAGAAACAUUCGAGUCUUCUUCGACAAAUGCUGCAGAUGCAUCGGAACAGAAUAUAAGGGAUUUCAAUAUAACUGCUGCCCUAAAUAAGCCUGCGAUAAAUGAACUCGGUCUCAAAUCUCGAGCUGAACAAACUUUCACUGUGUGUGAAAUACAAGAAGUAGCGGAUACAAGAAGAGACGUCGGAAUACAGACUUCCAUGAUGCAGCACAGUGUUGGCGUACAGGUCAAGAUUCGACCACAUUAUCGUAGCGUUUAUACAACGUGCAACAUUCCAGUAUCGACUGUCAAUGAAUGUUGUUCCCCGAUUAAAUUACCCAUUUGUACGAAUGUUGCAACUUCUCCGACAAAACCUAUUAUUUCUAAGAUGUCCUAUGCAAAUGACACCAUAUCGACAAGCACUACAACUACAUCGAUAGAUAUAAGUAGUUCUCAUGAUUAUUAUAUGUUUAGCGACCAAACGAGUCUCGAUAAUCCUAGUAGCCCAAAUAAAUAUAAACGUGACAUAUUAAAUGUAACAAACUAUUUCAUAAGUACCAACAUGAAAGCGUACCUAGGGAUUCCAAACGAAUGGAAAUCACUGUUGCAUCUUUUGAGCACGAAAGGUAAUGUAAGUAUCCAAAAUAUACAGUUAUGUUUAAUGAAGAUCAGAAGACAAGAUACGUUAGAACGACUGGCUGAACAAUUCUGUAUGAGUCCUAGUAAUGCAAGUAUAGUUUUCAACAAAACUGUUCCAAUACUCAGUCACUUACUAAAAACUUUGAUUUUCUUCCCAAAUCCUGACUUAGUUAAAAAAACUUUGCCUAUUCCUUUUCGGAGCUCGUACAAUCAUGUCCAGUCCAUAGUAGAUGCUCUGGAAAUACAAAUCGAAAAACCGAUCCCGUAAAUCAAGCCUUGACUUGGUCUGAAUAUAAAAAAUGUAACACGAUAAAGUAUUUGAUAUCUUGUGGACCGGAUGGCUUUAUCAAUUUCAUUUCUACUGGAUAUGGAGGUAGAAUAUCAGAUGUAUUAUUGUUUGAGAAGUGUGGUAUACUAGAUCAGCUUCCUGAAAAAUGUGCUGUUAUGGCGGAUCGAGGUUUUAAAAAUAUUAAAUCUUUAUUAGCAGAAAAACAUUGCAAGUUAAUAAAACCACCAAGCGUAUCGUCUACACAUAAACCUACGAAAUCUGAGGUUUUGGAAACCAAGCGCAUUGCUAGCUUACGGAUCCACGUAGAACGUGUCAUUGGGAGAUUGCGUGAAUUCGAUUUUCUAAAGCCACAUGCUGUUAUAAACCAUAGUAUGUUAUCUUACACUGAUGACAUUAUCGUGAUUGCCUCGGCGUUAAUAAAUUUACAUUCACCAAUAAUAAAAAAAUAGUAUGACAAGUGGGUAAUAAUUCUGAAUAUAUUAUAUAUUUUGUUACAUAUACAGUUUUAUACAUUAAUACCUUACUUCUGUACAGAAGAUAAUAACAAUGGAAAUAUAUUUCUUUCCCAAAA